UAUAUAUAUAUAUAUAUAUAUACGAUUUUAGGGACGUUAGAUUAAAAAUUAAAACCUGUGUAUACAGUGCUGUUUACAUGAAUGUCUUCUGAACAUGGAUUUAACCUAUGCAGAUGGAUUCUAAAAUUUCUGUAUGUGAAAAACCAACUUGUAAAACGAAGUUGAGAUUAGUAGUAGUGCUGUGGCGGGUGCUGCUGAUAACAUUUAAAAAAUAUAUAAAAAAACGCUCAUAGGCAUAAAAGUAUCAAAUAGGAAGGAGAUACAUUUGAUGUCAGAGAGGGCAAAUGAUACAACGUUGUGGAAAUACAUGGGAGACGUGAAGGGAACACAAAGAAACACAAUAUGAAGGCCAGAAGUACCGCGACACGAAGAUCUGUGCAAAUUGUACAUUGAAGAUUAGCUGUACAUAGUUUGGCUAUAUAGAUAUACCAAUUUCCAAAUAAACAUUCCUUUACCAAGUCUUUCGUCUUUUACCGUUUCAGUACGACUAUUGAAUCCAAAGGCUUUAUUAUUUUCAAUUCUGUACUUAGUAUUGAUCACGGUGACUAUAACCUAACUUAAUUUGUCAUUUGAUUGGCCAUGCGGGAUGAUAUUCAGAAAUCAUAAAAUGCCUAACUGUACGUCCAAACUCAGUGCCUCUACAGAAGUAGUCACGCUGGUAAAUACAGGAGGCGAGAUUAUCAUGGCUCUAUUCAUUAUCUAUACGAUGACGGUGUGUACUCACGAGUGUAGAAACUUGGUCACCGUUUUCGCCGUUAACCUGAGAAAAGAUAUGUCCCUAUGCCGUCUUCUCGUUUGCGUUAGUGCCACCACGUGUCUAAGAAACUUGCAGAGAUCUUUCAGCUUCUCGCCAAAACAAUCACCAGCAUUCAAACCAAGAACUGCUUUGAUAUUGUCCAAGUUAUCCAAAUAUGAUUGUGAAAAAUCUACCGGAAAUCACAACGAUGAUGAGUUAAAAAAAUCUAUGAAAAAGAAAGGCUUUGACGACCAGAUUGUGAUCUCACGACAUGAAACACACCACGCGAAAUUAUCUGAAUUGCAAAGUACUUUAAUAGGACGCGGUUUGGAAGUGCGGGUUGUAGAUCGUCGUACUUAUUCAAUGGAUUCUGUUAAUUGGGCUGAUGUUGUUUUUACUGCUGGUGGAGAUGGGACAUUUCUUUUUGGUGCCAGCAAAAUUCUGCACCCUAAUAAACCGGUGAUAGGCCUCAAUACUGACCCUUUAUCCUCUCAUGGAUUCUUAUGUUUACCAAAGUGGUGUAGUUCAAACGUUUCAACAACUAUUGAUCUUCUGUUAUCCAAUCAUUUUCGAUGGCUUUUACGCCGGCGUAUACGCGUCACUUUAACUCAUCUUAAGGGUGAAAAUUUACAAAUACAGCCAUUAGAUAAACGUAAACCAAUUAACCGAGAUGGUUUUGAAAUUGGAACGUCAAAUUAUGCACUAGAUGUAUCAUCGUGUGAACUUUUCCCACCCUUUUGUUGCUCAGAGGAUAUGACUACAACCGUAUUACCUGUUUUAGCAUUGAAUGAGGUAUUUGCUGGAGAAUCUUUAAGUGCAUGUGUGUCCGUUUACGAUAUCUCAGUUGACGGUGCUAAAAGUGAAAAACAAAAAUCUAGUGGCAUAGUUAUCUCUACGGGUACAGGAUCAACUUCUUGGUCUUAUCAGAUCAAUAAAAUACCUAAACCAAAUCUCAUGGAAUUGUUAAAAACAAUUCAACAGAUAGUUCCUUCUCUAAAUACAUCACAAUCUGAAAUUCUUACAUCUUCGUCAGACUGUAAUGUUGAACAACUGAAUGUUACUGACCAGCAUCAAAUAUCGAAUACUUCAGAUGCUACCUACUUGGAAUUACUGGCUGAAAAGGCUGAGGCAUUAUACAACAAUUCUCUUAUUUUUAGUCCAGAAGACUGUAAAAUGUUGUAUAGUGUUCGAGAUCCGAUAACUAAUGCUAUAUUUAAUGUUACUCAACCACGUGGUUUCGCUUCGAAUUGACCAGAAACACAAAUGAAGUAAGAAAGAAAAACUGGAUGGGUUAAUAAUUUUGACUUAUGUACUGAAUCAAUCCAUAAAUAAAAAACAACAAAAUAAAAUUGUAAAAAGUAAGUCUGCCCUCAGGAAACUGUUUGUAACUUAUAACCUAGUACAGUUCUUCUAAAAGAACUGAUCUACAUUAAGCAUAAUGAUUGGAAAAUAUUUCUUUUUAGAAAGAGUCUGUUUUACCAAAGAAGAAGUAACGGUAUAUACCCAUUACUUUUAUUUUCAAAUAGGAACACGAAAAAUAGCUUGAUUAUCUACCACAGAGAUGAAUGACCACACCGAAAACAUCCACCUAAAGUACUAAUCCUUGUCAUUAUUUCUUAUCUUAACUUUCCUAAUAAAUGGACAAAAUAUCUGAUAAUAGCAUCUCCCACAAAAAUGCAUUUCUGAACUGACAUCCUUAUCUCAGUAGCUUAAAAAUAUGAGCAUACGAAAAUAUCGUAUAAGGCAUUUGCAAAUCUAUGCUAAAGAAAUGAAACGAACUUCUUCGAUUUGUGCUUGCACAACGGAAGAAUGUGUAGCAAGUUCUGCCACAGCCUUUUGUCAGAUUGCUUAUACAGAAAAAUUAACUAAGAAGUCAAAAGGUUUCGAUUGUUAAAAUUAUCCUAGUUGUAUUGUUUCAUA